CUUCGACAGGCGGCUGCCUGGAAGACACCACUGCGCGUAGCGCUCUUUUCGGACAAGCGCUCGAGCUCGCCAGAUUUGCUCUGAGACGUAGAGACCGUUCCAGCAGCCAUGGACCAGUUCGUCAACAACACGACCGUUGCCGACCACGUCAUGGGCGCCAUGCCCUUCAUGAAGCACUCGCCGCUGGUCGCCGCCGUCUUCACGGCGUUCUACGUCGUCAUCUUCGUCCUGGGCGUCACGGGCAACCUGCUGGUCUGCGUCGUCGUCAUCAAGGACCGCAGCAUGCGCACCGUCACCAACUACUUCAUCGUCAACCUGGCCGUGAGCGAUCUGCUGGUCAUGCUGAUCUGUCUGCCCGUCACCCUGGUCGAGAACUUACUCACAGGUUGGCGGUUUGGCCAGGCCAUGUGUAAGCUGUAUCCCGUCAUCCAAGGCGCGACUGUGGGGGCGUCACUCUUCACCCUCGUCGCCAUAGCUGCAGACAGGUACAAGGCCGUGCUCCACGCCACGUCUAAGAAGUUAUCGGGGUGCUCGACCCUGUGCGUGGUGGCGGUGGUGUGGGUGCUGGCCCUGGCCAUCAUGAUCCCGCAAGGUCUGGUCCGCCGAGAGAACUGGUACUACCUGACCGACGGCAACAACGUGGUCACCUGCACGGAGAAGUGGCUGAACGAGAUCUACCGAAAAUUGUACUUCGGUAGCCUCUUCAUGAUCUGUUACGCCAUCCCCCUGAUCGUGGCGAUCGUGCUGUAUGUCCGUAUCGGCUACCGUAUCCGGAAGCCCCGGCGAAGCUUCCACCUGAGCUCCAGCCCGCAGCGAGCGAGGGUGUCCGCGCGGAAAGUGGCCGUCAUCAAGAUGCUGGCGACGGUGGUGGUCCUGUUCGCCGUGCUGUGGCUGCCCCUGCAGACCGUCUUCAUGGUGCUGGAGUUCGCCACCAUCACGGAGGCGCAGGAGUACGUCAUCUUCGUCUACGUCUACCCCAUCGCCCACUGGCUGACGUACCUGAACAGCGCGCUCAACCCGGUGGUCUACGGGUACUUCAACAACAACUUCCGCGAGGCGUUCCACGGCCUGAUCGCCACGUGGCGGAAGAACAUCGGGCUGGACAGCAUGCGCAAGAAGGCCUUCAUCAUGUCCCGCCGUCUCACACGGACCACCAAGACCCCGACCUCUCCCACACAGCAGAUACAACUAACCACCAUCAACUAAAGACUGUAGCACAAACGUCGUACGACAGGAUUGCGACAGCAAAUUGAGGACAUGCUUAGCACAGCCUUUGGGUCUGCCGUACAAAAUUAAUCCGUUUUGUGACGGAUAAGAAAGAAUAAUAAAAUGCUGCCAUAGAUCCUUGUGGACGAUAGACUCUAAAAAAACUCUCUCACAGUCUGAAAAUCCUGUGACGAAAAUUCCAACGCAGAACAAGAUUGCGCCUUGUGUAGAAAAGGUGGGUCUUUCCUAAUCUCCAAGCAGAUAUAUGGCAGAUAUAUGGCAUUGUGUCUGUACGUUUUUGUGUUCGUCAUUCAAGUUGUAUAUUUUAUUAGUAUCUACUUGUUGCAUCCCAUGAAAUGUGUAGAAAACAGACGCGCAGAAAGAUAUAAAAGCCACAUGUCUGCUUGUAGAUUCUACGAUACAAAAAUACAUUUGACCAAGAGUAAUUUUUUUCGGUUAUUUUGCUUUUCGCAAACAAAAACGUAUAAAUUCUGUAACAAUACGAGCGCGCAAAAACGAAAUCACACACACACACACACACACACACACACACACACA